AUGGAGCGCGGUGUGACCCGGCGCUCAGCAGGUCCCUCCCUUCGCCCCAGGGAGCAGCGCAAACGCUCCGCGGCUGGAGAGCCCCCGGCGCCCGGGGAUGUGUCCCCGGCCAUUGCCAAUCAGAGCGCACAUCCUAACCCUUCUUAUUAUUUCCAGAUCAAAUAUUUUGACAGCUUUUUGGGUUAUGUACUGUUGGCAAGAUCCCUUCAGUGUAUCGAAAGAGCUACUCAUUCCAUAAUCCUGUCCGUGCCCCUUUACUCUCCUGGACAAGCCACUCAGCCUUGGAGCAAAGAAUCUCUGGUCAUCAUGGAUCAGAUGAAGACUCAUAUUUUUACGAAUGUGCUCCUCAAAGAAUAUGCAAAUUUCUUUACCACAUUAAAAUAUACAGGAACUUGUCACGGUGUGGGCUGGCAAAGGAUGCUGUGGGUCACCGUUCCACCCUUUUGUGUCCUCGCUGUGCUCAAAGGCACGGAGGACAUACGGGAGCAGCGGCCAGAUACUUACCUGAAGCGAACCCUAAACAGUGCUACUCUUGCAUCCCAUAAAGGGAGAAGUGCUGUUGUUGGGAGACGGGCUUCUGCCCAGCCUAUGACAAGACUUACUGGCCACGGCAUCCCGCAGACUGCUGGUGUGAAGUUUGGACUAUAUAAGAUCGUACCUGAAGAUGUCAUUGACAACAGUUUUAAAACAUGGUUCGGACUGCUGAAAUACAAACGAUCCUACUUGUUAAAGCGCAAUCCUUCUGUUGCCUGCCUGAAGGUUAUUCAGAUGCCAAGGCUCGUCAGGGUCACAUUGGCUCCCAUCUGGAGAGGACCAAAUAUAAACUGCACAGACAGUUCAGGUUAUACUGCUUUACACCAUGCAGCUUUAAAUGGACACAAGGAUAUAGUUCUCAAAUUACUUCAGUAUGAAGCAUCAACUAAUGUGGCAGAUAAUAAAGGUUAUUUUCCUAUUCACUUGGCUGCGUGGAGAGGAGAUGUGGACAUUGUGAAGAUUCUUAUCCAUCAUGGUCCAUCACACUCCAGAGUGAAUGAACAGAACAACGAAAACGAAACAGCGUUGCAUUGUGCAGCUCAGUAUGGUCAUUCCGAAGUAGUUGCUGUCCUGUUAGAAGAGCUAACGGAUCCUACAAUAAGGAACAACAAACUAGAAACACCUCUGGAUCUGGCAGCACUUUAUGGGCGUCUGCGGGUUGUAAAAAUGAUCAUCAAAGCGUAUCCAAACCUGAUGAACUGCAAUACAAGGAAACACACACCUUUGCAUCUCGCUGCGCGGAAUGGCCACAAAGCUGUUGUGCAGGUGCUGCUGGAGGCUGGGAUGGAUGUCAGCUGCCAAACAGAAAAAGGAAGUGCACUGCAUGAAGCAGCCCUAUUUGGGAAGGUGGAGGUAGUACGCAUUUUGCUUGAAACAGGAAUUGAUACCAACAUAAAGGACAGUUUGGGUAGAACAGUUCUAGAUAUUCUUAAAGAACAUCCAUCUCAGCAGUCACUCCAAAUUGCUGCUCUGCUUCAAGAAUAUAUGGAAACAGGAAAUGCAAGUGUUUCAGAGGAAGCCCCACUGGAAUGCGCAGAACAUCAGUCUUGCAUUUUGUCCCCAGAAGUUUCUCCGUCUCCAAAGGCUAAAAGUGAAGUUGUGACGGGAGAAUUAUCAAAGCUCCUAGAUGAAAUCAAAUUGUGCCAAGAAAAGGAAUAUUCUUUUGAAGAUCUCUCUCAUACAAUAUCAGACCAUUAUCUGGACAAUCUUAGUAAAGUAUCAGAGGAAGAAUUUGUGACCAGUGGAAGCCAAACCAAGCUUAAUGUAGUAAGUAAGAUGGGAUAUAAAGAAAAUAUAUUUACUUUUAUGUGUUUUACUUCCUGCAUAUUCAAAAAAGAAAUAAUCAGCAAGAAUAAUAUGAGUCUAAUAAUGUAA